AGCCGACACUUGUAUACAGUAUUGAGACUGGUGAAACAGAUAUUUUAAAUGAAGCUGGUACUUCUGCGUACUCCGCACCAGGUAAUUCGAUACUGGUUGUUCAAAUAAAUUCUUGGUAAUUUAAGCUGUUAAACAUCACCAAAUUAUAUGUAAAAAAACAAAAAUUAUAUGAGCAAGAAUCUAUUUGAGGAGUCAGUACAAAUUGGUACCUACUAAGAUUAAGUUAAAAAAAAAAAACAACAAAAUUUUAGAAUCGCUAAAGACUCCAAGUACGUCUUCCGUCACAACGUUGACUAACGAUAGCGAUGAUAGUGGUACCUUGGAAUAUUUAAAAAUACCAACCCGUGACGAGUUGUAUAUCAAAAUUCUCAAAUAUUGAGGUCACUAUAUUAUCGAUGAGUAUAAUGAAAGUGGAAUGCUGACCAGUAAAUCACGUGUCCACCUCGUGGACAUUGUAGGAAGGAUUAUGUUUGACCUGUAUAAAGCCAAUACAUGCAAAGCUAUUAAAAUAAAGUAUGCCGAAAAGUUAAUAGAGAUAUUUCCCAAAUUUCGAAACCCAGUAGAAGGAGGAAUUCCAUAUGUACUAUCAAAAUUAAGUAUCAAUUGCUUAUUUCCCUAUUAUUUUUGCUUUAGGCUAUGUUUUUCAAUCCCGCAACGAAUGGGGGUUAUUUAGCAAAUACGUUAAGAACUAUCCAUAGAAACAACAAGGAUAAAAUUGCAAGGAAAAGAAGAUUUCCUUCUGAAUGGCACAAAUCACUUUCACGUAACAGACAAAAAGAAGAGGAACUAGUAGAAAUAGAUGAUGACACUAAAGAGAAACUUCAAUUUUUGGUUAAUGCUAAUUGUAAAACUCAACAUCAAGUGAUCAAACAGAAAAUGAUUGAAACUUUCCAUGUGCGGAGAGGGAAGAACAUUGAUAUUUUGAAAAUGUUUCCUCGAUUUACUGAUACUCUAGGCUUGGUGGAAGAGGACUUUAAAGCAUUAUUUCCGGAAUAUAUACCAAAUACCUUUCAAGAGAAAUAUAGAAACGAUCGUGAAAACGUGUUGAAAAUAUUUCAAAAAGUCACCAAUAUUCCAUUGAAUGAGUCUUAUACAGAUAAUAGCAUUAAGCAAACAAUAGCACUUUCUCGAAUGCUUCCUCCUUUACCAAAAGGAAAAAAGAAGAUAGCUACACAACUAUCAAGUGUACAAGCAUUUGCAAACAAGUUGCUUGUAUUUCAGCAGGAUAGUUCUUCUUUGAUCGAGGUCUUGAAUAAGUCAGGAAAUCGACAGCCGUAUAUUCUUGGAAGAGGACCAUCAAAGGCAGCAAUAUCUGAUUUCGUAAUUGUAGUAAAUUCGCAGGUAUUCCCAGAAAAAUUCGAGGCUUUUAUAGAUGCAUUAGAUUAUUUGUUCAAAAUACACUUCGUUCUAAAUUUAGAGUAUGAUCAAAAUUUAGAACAGUUUUUUAAAUUCCUCCAAGUUUCGUAUUAUUAAAUCGAUAAACAGUCUACAAAGAUGACUUCAAAAAUGAUAGAGUUGGCUGCGCGCCUAUAUAAUGUUCAUUAAUUUUAAUUAUUUUGUAUUCUAUUAUAUAGUUUUUUU